GUCCCGCAGCCCCGCGCUGGCUGCCAGAAGGGGAGAAUUACGUCCUCAGAGUAAGGCUUGACGGAAGACUUGAUUUUUUUUUUCAAGUUUCUUGGAUUCUGUGGGAAUAUUUGCUUUACCGCUGCAAGCUUCUUCUAGGGAAACCCUGGUGAGGCGGUAUCCCUUCGCGAUGCGAAGAUGGCGACCCUGCUCCCUCCCCCAGGCACCGAUGCGUUCCGCCCCUUCACCCAGAAAUCACUGGCGGAGAUCGAGAGGCUCAAGGAGGAAAGAAAAAAGGCCGCAGAAGUAGAGGGGCACGAUGAGGAAGAGCCAGCAGGCCCCAACAUUGACCUGGAGGCGGGCAAGAACCUGCCCAUGAUCUACGGAGACCCUCCACCAGAGCUGCUCAACACACCUUUGGAGGACCUGGACCCCUUCUACAAAGCACAGAAAACAUUCAUUGUGAUCAGCAAAGGAAACACAAUCUACAGGUUCAAUGCUGAACCAGCUUGCUACAUUCUGAGCCCCUUUAGUUUGGUUAGAAGAGGAGCCAUCAAAAUUCUCAUACAUUCAUUAUUCAGCAUGUUCAUCAUGAUUACAAUUCUGUCGAAUUGUGUAUUCAUGACGAUGAGCAACCCACCGGCGUGGAGUAAAACUGUUGAGUACGUUUUUACUGGUAUUUAUACCUUUGAGGCAACAGUCAAAGUGUUGUCCAGAGGUUUCUGUAUUGGAUCUUUUACAUUCCUUCGAGAUCCAUGGAAUUGGCUGGAUUUCAUGGUGAUCAGCAUGGCAUACGUCACUGAGUUUGUUGACCUUGGCAAUGUGUCGGCCCUCAGGACGUUUCGUGUGCUUCGAGCCCUAAAAACAAUUACUGUGAUUCCAGGUUUGAAAACCAUCGUGGCCGCUUUGAUCCAGUCAGUGAAGAAGAUGGUGGACGUUAUGGUUCUGACCGUCUUUGCUCUCGCGGUUUUCGCCCUCGUCGGCCUCCAGCUUUUCAUGGGAAACCUGCGUCACAAGUGUGUGCGAUGGCCCAUCGAAACAAAUGAAACUUCAUUUGAAUUUUUUAACACCACAUCAGCAUUCGGUGAUGCUCUUUCCUUCAACAACACCAUGGGCAUCAAUCAUACAACAUAUACCAACAGUACCUUCAAUUUUAUGGAAUAUAUUGAAAACACAGAGAAUCACUAUUAUUUGGAAGGCAGCAAAGAUGCUCUACUCUGUGGAAACAGCUCUGAUGCUGGAAAGUGCCCCGAAGGAUACACAUGCAUGAAGGCUGGGAGGAACCCCAACUUUGGCUACACCAGCUUUGACUCUUUUGGCUGGGCCUUCUUGGCCCUCUUCAGACUCAUGACCCAGGACUACUGGGAGAACCUUUUCCAGCUGAUCCUGCGGGCGGCUGGUAAGACAUACAUGCUGUUCUUCGUGGUGAUCAUCUUUCUGGGCUCCUUCUACCUCAUCAACCUCAUACUGGCUGUGGUAGCCAUGGCUUAUGACGAGCAGAAUCAGGCAACUCAGCGAGAGGCCAUAGAGAAAGAGGAGGAGUUCCAGCGGCUACUAGAGCAGCUCAAGAAUCAAGAGCAGCAGGCUCAAAUCCUCGGGAGCCGAGCCACUCUAACCAGUAGGAAGUCGCUCAGUCAUCGCACAUUGUCUGAGCAGGCAGAUGAUGAACGGAGUCUUGAACCUGAUGAAGUUGUCAAGGAUUGUAACGGGAGAGUCAUUCCCCGUUUGCUCAUCAGAGCGCCCACCAUGGUUAAGCAUGCUGAAGAUUAUGAACUCAGGGAGCAGUCACUUGGCUCUGUGCACAGUAUGCUUCACAUGGACGACCCAGGCCUGACACAGAGAUCUGCUAGUGUUCUGACUGUGCUCACUGCAGCUGCUAUGGAAGAGUUGGAGGAGGCUCAGAGGCCGUGCCCACCUGGCUGGUACAAGUUUGCAGACAUGUUUCUGAAGUGGGACUGCUGCACGCCCUGGGUGGUCUUUAAAAAGUGGGUGCAUUUUGUGGUGAUGGACCCUUUUGUUGACUUGGCCAUCACCAUCUGCAUCGUGCUCAACACCCUCUUUAUGGCCAUGGAGCACUACCCCAUGACUCCGGAGUUUGACAACAUGCUCUCAGUGGGGAAUCUGGUUUUCACCGGGAUCUUCACAGCGGAAAUGUUCUUCAAGCUCAUUGCCAUGGAUCCCUACUACUACUUUCAAGUAGGCUGGAAUAUUUUCGACAGCAUCAUUGUCACUCUCAGUCUAGUGGAGUUGGGGCUAGCGAAUGUCCAGGGGCUCUCUGUCCUCAGGUCUUUCCGUCUGCUUCGUGUCUUCAAACUAGCCAAAUCCUGGCCCACGCUCAACAUGCUGAUCAAGAUCAUUGGUAACUCGGUGGGAGCUUUAGGAAACCUGACUUUGGUGCUGGCCAUCAUUGUCUUCAUCUUCGCCGUGGUGGGCAUGCAGCUCUUUGGGAAGAACUACAAGGACUGUGUGUGCAAGAUCUCAGAAGACUGCGAGCUGCCACGCUGGCACAUGAAUGACUUUUUCCACUCGUUCCUCAUCGUGUUCCGCAUCCUCUGUGGGGAGUGGAUCGAGACCAUGUGGGACUGCAUGGAGGUGGCCGGAGCUGGGAUGUGUUUAGUUGUCUUCAUGAUGGUCAUGGUCAUUGGAAAUCUAGUGGUGUUGAACCUCUUCCUGGCCUUGCUGCUCAGCUCCUUCAGUGGAGACAACCUCUCAGCAGGAGAUGAUGAUGGUGAGAUGAACAACCUCCAGAUUGCCAUCGGCAGGAUCACACGGGGCAUCGACUGGUUCAAGGCGUUCAUCGUUCGGAUGGUCCUGCAGAUUCUUCGCAGAAAACCCAAGGAGCCUGAGGACGGUCCAGUGAACGACGUGGAUCCCAAAAUGGAGGAAAUUGAAAUGAACCACUUGGACACUGGUCCAAAUUUCAAAAUGGCAGACGGGAUAGCCAAUUGUUUGGUUGAAGGCCGACCCUCUGGAUUUAUUGUGGACGGGGAGCUCAGUCUCAAUGUGCCAAUUGCCCAGGGAGAGUCAGACUUUGAAAACCUGGGCGAGGAUGAUGAAGAUGAUGAAGAUGAUGCUGACAUGCCUAAUGACUCUCAGAUUUUAGAUGAAAAAAAUAACGAACAGAACACAAAAAACUCAGGAGAUGAAUGUAGUAUGCCAAGAGAUAUCAAACUGAUUGGUGCGUUGAGUGAUGGCAAUUCUUCAGUGUGCAGCACAGUGGACUAUCAACCACCAGAGCCUGAACCAGAAGAAGUUGAAGAGGAAGAGCCAGACCCAGUGGACCCAGAGGCUUGCUUCACUGACAACUGUGUGAGGCGCUGGCCGUGUCUGACUGUGGACAUCACACAAGGUGACGGCAAGAAAUGGUGGAACCUCCGCAGGACUUGCUUCACCAUUGUGGAGCAUGAUUGGUUUGAAACCUUCAUAAUCUUUAUGAUCCUGCUCAGCAGUGGAGCUCUGGCCUUUGAGGACAUAUACAUAGAAAGACGCCGAACCAUCAAAAUUAUUCUGGAAUAUGCUGACAAAGUUUUCACCUACAUCUUUGUCAUCGAGAUGCUCCUUAAAUGGGUGGCAUAUGGCUUCAAGACCUACUUCACCAACGCCUGGUGCUGGUUAGACUUUUUCAUCGUGGAUAUUUCCCUGAUUAGUUUAGUUGCCAACUGGUUGGGCUACUCUGACCUUGGACCAAUCAAAUCCCUCAGAACCCUCAGGGCACUUAGGCCUCUCCGAGCAUUGUCAAGAUUUGAAGGGAUGAGGGUGGUGGUGAAUGCUCUUGUCGGAGCGAUUCCCUCCAUCUUCAACGUGCUUCUGGUGUGUUUGAUCUUCUGGCUCAUCUUCAGCAUCAUGGGAGUCAACCUGUUUGCCGGCAAGUUCUACCGCUGCAUCAACACCACUACGGAGGAGCUUUUCCCCCUCACCGUGGUCAACAACAGGAGUGACUGCAUGGCCAUCAAAGAAGCCACACAGGAGGCGCGCUGGGUUAAUGUCAAAGUCAACUAUGAUAAUGUUGGAAAAGGCUACCUGUCCCUGCUUCAAGUGGCAACUUUUAAAGGUUGGAUGGACAUCAUGUAUGCUGCUGUUGACUCAAGAGAGAUAGAGGAGCAACCGUCCUAUGAGAUCAACCUCUACAUGUACAUGUACUUUGUCAUCUUCAUCAUCUUUGGCUCUUUCUUUACACUCAACCUCUUCAUUGGCGUCAUUAUUGACAAUUUCAACCAACAAAAGAAAAAGUUUGGAGAUAAAGACAUAUUCAUGACUGAGGAACAAAAAAAAUACUACGAUGCCAUGAAGAAACUUGGUUCCAAGAAGCCACAGAAGCCAAUUCCACGUCCAACAAACCUAAUCCAGGGCAUGGUGUUUGACUUCAUCAGUCAGCAGUUCUUUGACAUCUUCAUCAUGGUGCUCAUCUGCCUCAAUAUGGUGACCAUGAUGGUGGAGACAGAUGAUCAGAGCGCGGAGAAGGAGGAUUUUCUCUUUAAAGUAAACGUGGCUUUCAUUGUUGUCUUCACCGGAGAGUGUGUGUUGAAGCUCUUUGCCCUGCGACAAUACUUCUUCACCAAUGGAUGGAACAUUUUUGAUUUUGUUGUGGUCAUCUUAUCAAUAGCUGGUACAAUGCUCUCAGACCUGAUUGAGAAGUACUUUGUGUCACCAACUCUGUUCAGAGUGAUCAGACUGGCCAGAAUAGGCAGGAUUCUGCGUCUUAUUAAAGGAGCAAAGGGCAUUCGGACACUUCUCUUCGCUCUAAUGAUGUCACUUCCUGCGCUAUUCAAUAUUGGUCUCCUGCUCUUCCUCAUCAUGUUCAUCUUCUCCAUAUUUGCCAUGUCAAACUUUGCCUAUGUCAAAAAGGAGGCUGGAAUCGAUGACAUGUUUAACUUUGAGACUUUUGGUGGUAGCAUUAUCUGCUUGUUCGAGAUCACAACGUCAGCAGGCUGGGACGGACUUUUACUUCCAAUGCUGAACAGGGACCCUCCAGACUGUGAUCCAGACUUUGAGAACCCAGGCACAGAUGUAAAGGGUAACUGUGGCAGCCCUGGUAUGGGCAUGAUGUUCUUCUGCAGCUACAUCAUCAUCUCAUUCUUAGUGGUGGUCAACAUGUACAUCGCCAUCAUCUUAGAGAAUUUCAAUGUGGCGCAGGAGGAGAGUAGCGAUGCGCUCUGUGAAGAAGACUUUGAGAUGUUUAAUGAAACGUGGGAGAAGUUCGACUUAGACGGAACUCAGUUCAUUGAGUAUAGCCAGCUCUCAGAUUUUUGUGAUACCUUGCAGGAACCGUUGAGGGUUGCCAAGCCCAAUCGGCUUCGCCUAAUUGAAAUGGAUCUGCCCCUGGUCAUCGGGGACAGGAUCCACUGCCUGGAUGUCUUGUUGGCUGUCACGCAGAUGGUUUUGGGAGACACAGUGGAGAUGGCAGCAAUGCGGGAGAGCAUCGAGGCUAAGUUCAUCCUGAACAACCCCACCUCAGACUCCUUUGCGCCAAUUACCACGACCGUACGCCACAAAGAAGAGCAGAGGGCUGCUGUGGUCAUUCAGAGGGCUUAUCGCAAGCACCUACUGAAACGCUGCGUACGCCACGCCGCUUUUAUGCACCGCUCUAAGAGGGUGGAUAGAAAGGACAGUGAGGACCCACCUGAAAUAGAGGGGCUGCUCGCACGAAGGAUGGGAGUGCUCUACGGGAGCAAUGUGGACCUGGCAGAGGAGAUGGAGCGGGCUGCUUUAGAGACUCUAGCAAGCCAAGAGCUUCCUAAUCCUGAGACAUUGUCACAUUACCCAGGGGCCCAGUGUGGUCCAGAACCCCCUGAGCCAAACAUCAUGGUUGUACCCGUAGAAAUUACUAAUGAGGUUUUACUACAUUCUGCCCCCAACCAACACCUCUUGACCCUACAGGCUAACCUGAGAGAGUCAAUUGUAUAACAAACAGCACAAAAUAACGAUGUCCUCCCCCUCUUGUUUUUUUUUACCAGUCAAGGGAGUACUGUUAGUUAAGUCUCACUAAUGAUGCAGAAUUUUCCACAUUAGAUGUAGAGGAGGUUACACAGUGCUAAUGAAUGUUUUUUGAUAAUAAAAUUUAACAGACAGUCCCUGUUUUUUCAUGCAACAUUUAAGUGUCUUUUUGGGUUUAAAGUGGAACUGGAGCACAUGGCUUUCUUAGAUAAUAACCAUAUUGACAUCAGCAAAUAAAAACACUGUUAGUGCUGAAUGGGAAGAACAGGUAAAUAACUUAAAAUAAAAAAAUAAAAAUCAGUAUCACAAUACAUGACAAAUAACUGACAAAAAUGAAUAUGCUCAAAUAAUCAGUUACCAGUCGUCUUUUCCCAUUUCACCCUUCUUUUCUGUAAUGUUUUUUUUUUGUUGUUGUUUAAUUGUAGAGUGAAUUGUACUUAAACUGACAUCUCCAAAUUUAGGACACAGAUAUGAUUACACUCACUGUCAGCCAAUAAAAAACAUCCUAGUAUUUGUUGUUGUAGAGUGAAACAUCACUGUGGACCAGAGUCUGUGAUGUGACAGAUAUCUAGAUAUCUAUCUUCAUUUAGCUCAGUAAUAACUUUGCUUUUGGUGUGGUUGUUACCAGAAAACCAAACCAUGUGACCCAGUUUCCAACCAAAGAGCAACUUGAACAUUAUGUGACAAAACCUGAAUUAUCCUUUAGUAGGAUUUUAUGUUUUACAUUUUAUUUAUGUUCAUUUUGCUUCCUCUGAUAUGAUGUGAAUGCAACAUUAUAAUUAACACUACCUAAUUGUAAGAGCCACACUGACAUUGUGCCAUUAGCGCAGCUCUGAAUCACCUCAUUUAUUUUCAUUGAUGAAAAAUUAAACAGAACAACUUCCUUUUCCUGCUCACUUUAAGUCACUUUUAUGUGGAAUCUCAUCAUGUGUGGGCUCUACAUGCUAAUUCUUUCAAUUAGACACUAAAUGGUUUUCUAUGGUGGAAUUAGUUUUGUAUAUAUGUAAAUUAUUAGCCAAAAAAACGAGAGCAUAUCUAGAUCAGAUUUGUCCCAGUCUACCAGUGAAAUCCUGAUCUGUGUUAGUCAUUAUUAGUUAACAAUAACAUGGGCCAGCUAAUGCAGUUAACAUCUGUCUCUGCCCAGUUUAUAUUGCACUAUUUAUAUCCCUUCCAGGUCAAGUUAGAGCAGUUGACUGUGUAAGACUGAGAGACCUUCCUGUUUUCUAAGAUGAUUUCAUCACUGAUAUAUGCAUGUCUUAUAAAUGUUUUGUCUACUUUUCCAAUGUUUUUCCCCCUCAGUUAUCAGACAAUCUCAGAACUCAAAGAAAUUAGUCACUUGUUUCCUUUUGGUGGUUUUCCAUAUCAAGUAUUCAGGUUUAAACAGCGGCUGUGACUCCAAACUUAACAUGUGAUGUUUACAUUAACAUGGUUGCAUAACAGAAUUACGUAAAGCUCCCUGUUCAUUUCAGCUGUUUUCUAUAUGUCUCGAUUAAAUAGCAAUAAUUCUAUCAAUAAUAUAAGUACUAUGGUACUUGCUGUACAUUUUAAAUGAAGUUUUUGCCUCAGGUUGGAUCAAGUGCAGAGUUGGUCUUCUGACAUGAUCUUAAAUGAAUCUGAAUUUCUGAAACGCAGCACACACAGCUGAGUGUUGGUUUAGUUAAAUACAUCACUCUGAAGUUAAAUAAAAAUACUCCAGUUGUUGAUGUGUAGAUAACCACACCUAUUUACAUAUUAACAUAUCAAGUCUGUCCUCACAUAGAAAGGUCGCUUCACUUGCUGUUGUGUAAGUCUUAACUGAAUUUAAAAUGUCUUACUCUGAAUAUAUACAUGAAUAACAUAAGCACUUUUACAGUUUUCUGUUUGUUUUGUUUUUUUUUUACAGUAGACGAUAGAAGAUUGUCUCUUCUCUUGUUCAUAUGUAAUGUGAGCACUGUUUCAACAUCAACCCUGGAGGAAAAACAAAAAUCACCAAUGUUUCCUCUAUGAGGGGUCUCUUUGUCUUAUCCUGCUGCCGCAGCUUGGCAGUUAUUCCUGUCAGAAGUCUGUAAUGUGACCUGCAGCAAUCCUAUUUCAGAUUGACAUACUGCUGCACCACUUAGCUGUAGCCUCCCAUGCUGGUAUAAUCAUAUUCACAAGACAGUACCCUCCUUUUGUUUACAUUUCUAAUGGAGGGAAAGCCAUACAAGGAGCUUUACUAGUACACCCACAGUCAGUGUUGCUUGUAUAUACAUUUUUUUCUCUUUUCCUUCUGUAUUGUAUAUUUAUAUCAUUUUGUUAUUGUAAAAAUUGUAACUAUAUUGUUAGAAUAAAGUACUUCUUGUAGGGACAAAUUA